AUGUCACUGGACAAAAUUCUUGGCCCCCCACCUGCACUUUAUACGGCACUUAUCGGUGGCCCAAUUCCGGAUUGUCUGAUAUCAAUUAAUGGAGCUACGCCAAUUGCGGGCAAUGAAGAACGCCUCCGCAAAGCAAGCCCACUACUAGCGUCAUUGUUAGCUGAUGAAACUUUCAAGGCAAGAAAUUUUUCGGAAACUCGACUUCUACAGCUGUAUCUAACUUCUGCUAACGCUGAAUUGGCUUUCAAUAAGAUUAUGGCUUAUUUGAGUACUGGAAAUUUUGAGUUGGAUGGAUGUACAAGGGAUCAGAUUCUCUCCGUCGCAGACGAAUGUCAGAUACAUGCUCUGCAAGAAAGAUUCCGAGAAAGUUUACCUGCUCCACAGCCAAAACUUGCUCCUCAGAUGGCGUCGAUGUCCCUCCCACCACAUCUCCCCUCACCAGUCCCUAUAUUCUCACCUGUUCCCAAUCCAUUCCUUCUGCUGAAUCUACAAAAUUUACAAUCACAGCUUCAGGCUGCGAAUUUUUUCCAGAUGUUCAUGUCGCAAUUGCACCCUGUGUCACAAAAUCACGAGCCUAUUGAUGUCACUCCGAAAAAACGAAGAGCUCAAGCUGAUGUCAGAGAGUUGAAGAAAGCUCAUUCGCUUGAUAGCAAUGAAGAACCCUUUGACAAUCUGGGUGAUGUAAUUAUCCCCAGUACGGACAAAGAAGGCUGGUGUCGUAAUAAGAAAUACAUCGAAAAGACAGAAGCCGGCUUUAUGUGUAUAGUAUGUAAAAAGAUUUAUGGACGUUAUAAUUCGGUCUCAUAUCAUGUGACGAUUUAUCACCGAAACCCUCCCAUUAAAUGUGAUCUACCAGGAUGUCAAUUCACAACUAGAGAAGCUCGCUACAUCCAUUUUCACAAGUACUAUCGUCACGGAAUUGCGCUACCUCAAAGUAUUGAUCAAGGAUCAAGAAGAUGCCCACACUGCAGACAUGUUUCCAAAAGUCCGGCGAUGUUAGAAAAGCAUAUAAGAAGACAUCAGAUCGUCAAAAGUGAAAAAGAAGACGAUCCUAUGGAUCCAUCGUCCAGUGAACUUCUGGUUGUUGAUGACGAGACUGCACGCCAACGGGCCCUGUCAAUGUCGAUGGAUAUUUCCGAAGCCCCGAGCGACGACGCUCUAACGAAACCAAGAGCAUUCACCUUAUAAAGUCUUUGUGGUGCUUAUCCAUUACAUUUUGCCCGACGUGUGCAUAAUCAGAAUAUUGUGCAAUAUGUAUUUAAGCUUUAUGGUGUCUAUUAUAACCCGUGCCAGAUGUCACACCGUGUACUAAUCCUCCUUAUACCAUAACAGAGUAUCUCUUGCAUGUCUUUCGAAACUUACUAAUGAUUCAAUCAGUACCGUGAAAUAAAGUUAUAUAUUAUCAAA